UCGGUUGGCAAGGGACGCUUAAGUACUACAGCCAGCAAGUCUCUAACGUUGUUUAUGAUGAUGCUACAUUGUGGUGCAUGUAUUUGAAAUUCAUGAUUUUACCAAACCUGGGCCUCUGGAAUAAGGAAUGGGGAUAUAGACUACAUGUAGCUAUUUUCACGGAGACAAGGCAGAGUUCAACUUAGCGUUACCUCCUUUGUUUGCCCAUACCAGAUGAUUUUGUGUUGAAUGGCAGUGGUGUAUUGAUAAGGUACAUGCAUGUACCUGCGUGCUUUCAUACGCAUGACAUGAACUGGCACACUGCGAUCAAUCAAUGAUAAGUAUGAACUGAGAAACAGUUGCAGGAAGUAUCACAGACAUCCAACAAUUCAAGAAUGACCACCUAGGCCUAGUGAGAGAUUACAAUGUCUGAUUACUCUUUUCGUAACUCUAGCGAUGGGCGCCAGUCCAGCCUGAGCGUACAAGGCGAGUCCAUGGGCAGAGACACUUUGAAUGAAAAUGUGAAGAGAUCCUACAGGUAUCGCGUGGUAUCAAAUGAGUCAUCGGUGGAUGAGACACUCUUCGGAUCACACAGAGACAGGAAUAGGAAGACACAGGGUGGAUGGAGUGAUAGUCCAUCACAAAGAGCAUCCCCAAGUGGGACUAGGAAAUCUCCAGCUAUCAAGCCCACACUAACUGUGUCCCCUUCUAUGCCAAAGACAAAGAAUAAGUACCGAAUUGUCCAGCACACACCGACUUACGUGGACCACACUCUCUUUGGGGGGCCACUUGAGGAACCCUCUUUUGAGGCACCUUGGACUGACAAGAAAGCUGAUAGACGUCGGAACACGCCUCUCAUGUGGGGGUCCCCAGUUCAGGGUAGCCUCGAAUUUGAAUCGAGAUCGAACUCGUCCAUGGGUGGUGAGCGUCCUUUGUCAUCCGUUGGAAGUCGGCCUGGGUCGGCCACUGGAGGUAGGAGGUCGUCUGCGGGAAGCAGGCCUCAGUCUGCAUCAGGGAGGCGCUCAGUUACACCUAGCAAACCACCUCCUUGGAAGUAACUGCUUCAAGCUACAAUAAUGUGCAAAUUGAGUAAACUCUUACAGUGUAUGUACAUGUAUGGGUCUUAAAGAUCUUUUAUGUAAUUUCUCAACCCCAAGUUUGAAAUUUUAUAAGAAAUUGUUAUUAGGAUUGUACUAAUAUUCAUGGUAUGGAAAUUCCAUGACAUAUUUUUUUUAAAUGAAGCCUUGUUUUUUGUACAUAAAUGCAGUUCUAUAUGAGAUGUACAUGUUGAAGAUUGUAGUUCAUGGUCAUUCAAAGAAGAUGUAAAAACAUCAGUCGGAUUCAGUCCCCAGUAGGUUAAAACUUAAAGGCAGUUUGAUAUGCUCUCUUGGUAUUGAGGAAAAAGUAACAGAAAAUAAAACAUUUAGUAAUAUGAAAAAUAAACUAAAAUAAGUAUUAUUCCUUGAGUUAGUGAAGUGAAAGUUAUACUUAAUUACUCCAAGAAAUUAUUAGUGAAUUCCUCAUUCUUUUAAAUGAAAAUUGAGGGUUUUUUUCCUUUGGGAAAAAAAAUUAUACCCCAAAAGCUCAAAAUGUAUGUACGUGAAAAAUUAUGAUACAGUUAUUCAAACUAAUAUUUUUUUUACUCAGUUUGUAGGCCCUACAUGUUAUGAAAUCUUGUGUAUCCGUCCAUUUGGUAAUGAGUGAAAAGGUGUGUAAAGUACUUGCUAUACAGAUUUUCUUUUUAUUUAUUUAGUAACUACAGUAGGUUUACAUGUAUUUAUUAACAUAUUCUCUUAUUUUGAGUAAAUUAUUUUGUUGUAAUAUACAAGCAAGUAAAGUAAGCAUGCCUUGUUAUCACGAGACAAGCAGAAAAGAAAUUUUAUAAAUAGUAUAUUUUAUAGAAUGAGCUGAAUCUCUAGAUUUUAUUGAGCUAAUUUGUAAAUACAGUCAAAGUUUUAUGUUGAGCAUACAAUUUCAUUACAAGGUUAUUACAGGGUUAAGACAGUCAGCUAGCCUUUUUGAGAAGGAUAAUAUGUAGGCUUUCUCAUUUGGAGAAUCCACAAGCAGGAUGUACAUAAGAAUUCAAUUAUUGUUUGUCUGGCACAUUUUUUUUUUGGGGGGGGGGUGGGUCACACUUGGAAGUAUAGCACCUUCAACUAAAAACAUCCUUGUUUGUCUUUUUAGACACUUCAUAGGACCUUUCAAGUUUUAAGGAGCUUAAAGGUGUAUACAAGUAAAUGUGUAAGAGUCUGAUUGAAUAAAUACAUGUUUCAUAAAGCUGCUCAUAAAUGCACAACUUCACACACAAUUGGUUCUUGGGAUCUCAAUCGUUUUGAUUCCCAUCAGCAAGAGUUGAUAUCCAGUAUGUGUGCAGGUUAAAUUGAACUUCUCUUUGCUAAUGAGCAUCUUGAUGGAAAACUCAAUAUUUUUCAAAGUUUUAUGUUCAAAAGGUGAUAUGAACUCCAAUUGAGGCAUAUGUUAAAUAGAAGGAUUAAUGGGGGUAUCUUAAUUACACAGACUGGGUUACUAAUCGUAUAAAAAAUUUAGCAUAUAAAUUUAGGGAAAACGGCUUUUUAUGAAAUGGCCUGGCAAGAUUAGAUUUAGAUUUAUUCAUUUUCCAUUCACAAAGCACAACAAAAUCAAACAACACAUAGUCAAAUUUAAAGUACAACAUCAAUCGAAAUAAGGUAUAAACAAUGAGAACUAAUGCAAACUAAAGUAACUUUGACUAUAAUAACUAUAUAAAACAGAACAUGGACGUGGUUUGCUCUUCAUGUGCUACUUUUUGGUCUUGGUGUGCAUAUUCCUGAUCGAACUUACUUGAAGAAAAGUAGUGUUACAACACCCUGUAUACUAAAUCUAAUUUCUUAAAAUUUUUAGCCCAUUCCAUGUUUACGAAGUGGUUUAUACAGUAUUUAAACAAAAGGAAUGAAGCUACAAAGGCCCUGUGAAAAGUACAUUUUUAUGUAAAUCACCAAAUUAAACUUUUUUUUUUGGGGGGGGAGGAUUAAUUUGAGUUUCCAUAUUAAGUUGUGUAUGGUUGGUGUAAAGGAAAGUAGGUGCAAUUGACUGUCCAUGUACUUUUGUCUGAUAUAA